CACGGCCAUCCAGGAACUCUUCAAGCGUGUCUCAGAGCAGUUUCCAGCGAUGUUCCGGCGCAAGGCCUUCCUCCAUUGGUAUACCGGCGAGGGGAUGGAUGAGACGGAAUUUACCGAGGCGGAGAGCAACAUGAACGACCUGGUUUCUGAGUAUCAGCAGUACCAGGAUGCCACGGCCGAGGAGGAGGAGUUUGAGGAAUAUGCAGAGGAGGAGGAGGAGGAGGCCUAGAACUUUCCUUUUCUAGAUAAAGGGGGGAAGCAGGGUGGAUUCUUUACUGUGUUCUGACUGCCAUGUGUCACUAUGCACUUGUUCGUGUCUUCACCUCUCCUCCUGCUGC